AUGGACUCUUGGAACUGCUGUAGAACAUGUUUGAGCGUAGAAUCUUUGCACCCAAUAUUUCAAUUCGUGAAUCAACACGAAAAAUAUUCCGAAGUUAUUUUCUCAGCUACUGGACUUAAGGUCGAAUAUAACGAUACACUACCUCAACAAAUGUGCACAACAUGUAUAAACUUCAUAAACACAUCAUACAAAUUCAGAAAAAAAUGCGAAGAAACCUACCAAUCGUUAUUAGCGAGACUUAACGAUAACCCAAUCUGCAGCGUUAAAUUAGAAACAGAUAUAUUCCCAGCAGACAACGAUAGCAAAAUAUCAAUAGACAUAACGGACUUAGUUAACGAUUUCAACAAUCACGAUAAUGGAAUUAACGAUUUCACAAUGUAUGAUGAGAUUGAGAAACACGAAGAAGAUUUAAUGUAUGAUUCUAAAGAUCAAGAAGAUAAAGAAAUAGAAAAUAAUUUCAAAAGAAAAACAAGAAGUAAAAAGAGUGAUAAGCCUGUUAAACGGACUUUGAGACGGAAAAAAGAAGGUGGAGAGAAGAAAACGGGAGUUAAAGAGGAGAUAGAGUGUGAAUAUUGUCAUAAGAUUUUAACAUCUAAGCUGUCUUUACGUAAUCAUUAUAAGAUUCACACUGGAUUUGACGUGGUUUGCGAACACUGCGGCAAGAAGUUCAUAACCCGUCGCCUCCUAUUGAUGCACUGCAGAGCUAAGCACGGGUAUGAGAAGACGGACAAAUGCUCCUUCUGUGAUUAUAGAGCUUCUAAUGCGGAGCAGGUUAAGAUUCACGAGCGCCUCCACACUGGUGAGAAGCCGUUCGUAUGUUCCGAGUGCGGCGCCGGGUUCCACCGCAAGAGUAGCUACCUCCAACACGUCGCCAUACAUCUCCCUGAUAAAAACGUACAGUGCGACCAAUGUCCUGCCCGGUUCAAAUCUGUCACCCUGAUGAGGAUACACAAAAAUCGACACAAGGCGCCGCAAUACUCCUUCAAAUGUAGAAUAUGUCAGAACACAUUUGUCAGACGUAGGAACGCAGUCAGACAUCUAUUGAGGAUACAUGCUGUACAGGCCGGACCUCAGCAUAUCGAUAGAUUGAAGAUUGCUUGA